GUUCUCGUUCAACAGCUGGAAUCAGAAGAAAUAAGCAGAGAGGUGUGAUCAGAGCUCCAGUUUAACACUGCACAGAAGAAGGCGAGCUGCUGCAUUCUGGACAAGCUGCAAGCGGUUUACAGAGGAUUGGCUUAUCCCAAAAUAUAAGGAAUUACAAUAAUCCAGGCGGGAGGAGUGAUGGAGGGUGUCUCGCAUGGUUGGGCUGGAGUGCGGACCCUGCCGUGGUACGUGGCCGGUUCCCAGGUUCUGGGCGUGGCCUGUGUGGUGAUAACAGGUGUGUGGAUGGGUCACUACUACGGGGGCUACGCGUGGGACAGCUCGGAGCGACAGUUCAACGUACACCCGCUCUGCAUGAUCAUGGGCCUCGUGUUCCUCUAUGGAGAUGCGGUGUUGGUGUACCGGCUGUUCAGAAACGAGAAUAAACGCUCAGUGAAGAUCCUCCAUGCUCUGCUACACAUGCUUGCCCUUUGUGUCAGCAUUGUGGGUCUGGUGGCGGUGUUUGAUUACCACAAAAAAGCUGGCAUAUCUAACAUGUACUCUCUGCACAGCUGGUGUGGCAUGCUUACCUUUGUGCUUUACUUCAUGCAGUGGUUAUUGGGACUGGGCAUUUUCCUGUUCCCCUGGGCAUCACUGGUGCUGCGGAGGUGGUAUCUCCCACUGCACGUUUUCUUUGGCCUGGUGCUGCUGGCCAUGGCUGUGGGCUCCUCACUCAUGGGCAUCACAGAGAAACUGCUCUUCAGUGCUUUACCAGCGUUUGCUCCCGAGUCAGUUCUAGCUAACAUCCUUGGCCUGCUGCUGGUGUGUUUUGGGAUUCUGGUGGGCUACGUGACGAUCAGAGAAGAUUUCAGACGUCCCCCGAAUCCCGAGGAGGAAGCCCUGUCUGUGCACUUUAACACUCUCAGUGAGGACUCUCGACCUAGCUCACCUUAACCUGGUUCACCCGUCUCCUCCUUCCACUGUCCACACUCCACGCUUCCUCUGUCCAUGCCUGAUUAUGGAAAGUCAAGGUGAAUUUGAGACGAUGCCAAGU